CUGUUAAUAUUUAACUAUAAAGAAACUGUGAUGAAUACUAAGCUUUAGUUGCUUUUCCAAGCUAAAUAUGGUAGCCAUUCAAACAUAGAUUACAUUAUUUUAUUUUUUUAAAAGCUAUGUCAAAUACUUUCAUUAUAGUAGAAAAACAUGUUUUCUCUUUGUUUCACAUAUGCUCUAAUUACAGUGUGUACAAAUGUGUGAAAUCUGAAGUAUUUCUGAACAAACAGGGAACAUCCAUCCCAAGAUCCCUCCUCAUGAGACUUACUGCCCAGUGAAAAACACUGAGGUCAUAUCCUUCUAGAGAAUUCUGAUUCCUGGCGGCUUAAGAACCUGGGAAAAACAAUUAAAUUAGAUGCUGCAUGUUAGUCACAAGACUCCAAUACACUCUGAGAGAGUGUGUUAUCGCAACAGAAAAGGGAAGCUAUUUAAUUUACCAUAGCAGUGAUAAAGUUAUCUGAUGACAACUUUGUACAAGUUGCUGAAAGUGAAUGAUAUUAAUAGCGAACGUCAGAUGAAUAGAGUUCAAGGGGCACAUCUCAGCAGCAAAUGAGAUGAGUUUUUUGUGGGUGCAUGUGUCAGUCACUGUAAAACUCAGGUUCUUUGAUGCCCCAGUGCAAAUUCAGAGAAGAUGAACAACAACCAGGUACCUUAUUUAGUAAAUUAUACAAAUGUUUAUUAAAAUCUGGCAUGGCAUCAGAUUUAACUACUUUCUCCUUAGCUCUCAAUUGUUUGCCUUCUCCUUACGGUUCCAUCUCCCUAAAAGGGGGGUUUCAUGUGCAAUGUUGAGAAGAAGAAGGAAGUGUAAGUAUCCAAAUCAGUUGUGUUUGGUUUCCUUCCUGGGCUUCCUUCUCUACUGCAUCACCUACUUACCAGAUGAGAAGACCUCCAUGCAAUUCAUAGCCAAGCUGCUGUACUUCAUCCUGUGCACGGUGGGCCUGGUCAUCUCUGUCCUGGUCGUGGCCUUCUCUGGCCAUCACUACGCCCAAACCAAUGGCUUCAACUGCCUGAUGGUGGGAAACGACUGCGUGUGCACCCUGGACCCCCAGGAUCCUAUCGCCCGGACCUUCACGUAUGCGGAGGUCAGCGACUGCGAAGAGGUCACAGUCACACUGAAGCUGUACUUCCUGAUUCAGAUUACCCUGAACUUGGCCCAGGCACUGGUGUGUGCCCUGGGGGCCUUUGUCAUGUGGAAGCACCGCUACCAGGUGUUCUUUGCAGGGCUGCAGAUAAGAUCGGCUUCCACCCAACACUGGCAGAAGGUCUAAUGGAAGUUUUAGGAAGAGGAUCAUAAUGAUGAUUUCAUAUGAUUUUCAGACUCGGGUAAUGUUACUAUUUAGAGUACUGAUUGCAAUCAAAAACCCACAAGAAUAAACCAGCAGAUCUAUUGCUGUUACUGUUAUAAGUGAUUACAAUACCAGGCAGCUGUCUCUACGAUAUCUACUCCACCCCAUUAUUAGCAGUAGGUUUACAUUUUCAGUUGAUAAAAAAUGAAUUAUACAGACCUAAAUCAUUAGACCUUGAUUUCAAAUAUUGACAAUACAGUGAUAAUAAUAAGAUGUAGUUGAAAUUAAUUGAUAGCAAAUUGGAAUUAACAAUAUAAAUUAAUAUUGAAGUCUACACAUCAACGGAAAGCUAGUUCUAAUUAAUGGAUAACAAACUGGCAAUUGACAAAAAAAAAAUUAUACACACAAAAAGUUGUUUUUCAGUAUUUGCUGAAAUAAAAAAUCUGAUAAAUGCUUUAAAGGAAAAUUUCUGGAUUUUGGCAAGGAGAGCCUUUAUCUUCUGCCCCAGAGUAAGAUUAACUUGUGGAUAGAUGUGUUUAUUGUGCUGCAUGCAGUUUGAUAGAAGUUGCUAUACAGCAUUAAUAAAAUGUCUAACUAAUAUUAGUGCAAUGACUGAAGUCUGUGUCCUGUCGACUUCCAGUUGUUGUCCUUAGAUAGUUAGCAUUUUUCAACAAAACCAACAUUAACUUCCUUCAUACUAGAUAAGUAGAUAAAGGACUUAAUUGAUAAAACUCUGAACUCUCCCUUUAAGGAGCAUUAAAUCGGCCAGGGAUAUUUGCAUUUGAUAUCAGCCAUUUGUGCCUGACUAGCACAUUUGCUUUAAUGACAGAUUCGUUUUUUCAGUAAGCUAAUUUAGAUUGUUUUCUCAACCGUGCUUGUAAAAACUAUAAAUACUGUGGUUGGCAAAAAGAGGAAGUAAUGAUCUAGUAUCAUAAUCAUGUUUAGGACAGCUGGGUAAUGUUGCUGUUUUUAAGUGAACCAGCAGAAGAUGAAACAUUAGUUAGAGAAAUAUGUUUGGUUUUUGCAAUGGGAUAUUUUGCACUCAAGUGUGAUUAUCAUGGACUAUAUAAACUAAGACUCAUAUUUUGUAAUAGCCCACAUUUAGACAAAACACUGAUUAUUUGGCAAAAAAAGGCAGCUAAUUUCAGCCGCUAAGAUAUCCGUCUGUAGAUUUUGGGUCUGUUGACAUAAUGCCACGAUUGUAGAAAUCAGGUAAAAACCCUGUCUGUACACAGUCUGUGUGUUAUUACUAACUAUUCAGACCAUAAUCAGACUGGUGUUAACUCUGUAGCAAACUGAAAGGGAAGGUGGGAAGGGGAGUCAUGUGCAGGCUGUUAACAAUACCAGUUGCCUCCAGUCACGACUCAAGCAGCCAGGCAAAACCAAAACGGCUGCAACCACUGGGGGAGGGCCGGGAGGGGGUGGGUUGAGGGGUACUCAGACGGACAGCUGGACUGUGACACAUCAGGAGCAUACAGAAUAGUGAGAAGAACCAUGAGGCAGAAUAAAUUAGGGGAAUUAGAGUGAACCAUGGUGGGUGGCAAUAUGGUAAUUACUUUGCAAUAUAGAUAUAAUGCUUGACGUUUCAUAGAUAAUACACGAAGAGAACUGUUUGAGAGUGGAGAAAUCUUUUUUUUAUCUUCAACAGAGGCCUUAUUACUGAUUAUUUACAAGUGAUGAAUGCUUAAGUCAUUACAUGUACAUUAAAGAAAGAACGACUGCUACAUUUCUAAGCCUAUAACCAUGGUCUCAAUUUCAGUUUGAAUAAACAGCGUUUACUUUUGA